AAGACGUUGUCAGUGUCUAACUGGCAACGAGCUAGGUUAGAUUAUUUAAUUAUAUACGUAAUGAGUGUGUAAAGUUACGAACAAGCUACGUGAAAAUCGGGAUAAAGUGCGUGAAAAAGUACGGAUGUUAAGAUACAAGGAGAAGAGAGAAGCAAAUAUUACAUAAAAACUAAAUCAAACAAAGAAGAAGAAAAAUAGUGAUAAAGGAAAAUAAUGAUGAGACCGUAGUUCUCUCUGGUUAUGAUAUGCUACGAUAAAAGUAUGUCGAUGCAAUAAAACGGUAUAAUAGAAAAAUGUCGUACCAAUUUACCAAAAUACAAUUGGUUACGAAAAAUCUUUUGACAAACAGGUGAAGAUGGAAGAUGAGGCUGACCUCAGGGAGCAACUCUUUCACAAUACUGUGCGAGAAAAUAUCAUAUUCCUCCUUUUGUUCCUUCUACUCUGCAUUUCAAGUUACGCGCUUAUCGCAAGAUUUCGUCGAAGGGAUAGAGAAGAUUAUUUCUCAGUUGACGAAGAUGAAGCCACCGUUUAUAGGAUCAGCCUUUUGUUGUGUACAGUCGCCUUGGCAGUUUCUAUCGGAGCGACUUUGUUAUUACCUGUGUCCAUCGCAAGCAAUGAGGUUCUCAUAUUGUAUCCCAAUAGCUACUAUGUUAAGUGGCUCAACAGUUCUCUCAUACAAGGACUUUGGAAUCAUGUUUUCUUAUUUUCCAAUCUAUCUCUCUUCGUGUUUCUACCAUUCGCAUAUUUAUUCACGGAAUCGGAAGGGUUCGUCUGUUAUAAAAAGGGUGUCAUGGCUAGAGUAUAUGAAACCGUAACAGUUUUGUGUUUAUUGGGAACACUUGUACUUGGUAUGGCAUAUGUUUUGUCUGCUCUUAUUGAUUAUCAAAAAUCUAGUCUCCAUACAUUGUUAAAUAUAUGGAGUUAUUAUUUACCCUUCCUCUAUUCUUGCGUCUCUUUCGUCGGUGUAAUGUUAUUGUUAAUAUGUACCCCGGUUGGAUUUGUGCGACUGUUCGGCGUUGUCGGCUCGUUUCUAGUAAAACCUCAGUUCCUAAAAAAUCUAGACGAAGAGUUCUUUGCAUAUAGUUUAGAGGAGGAUUGCAUUAAAAGAAGACUCCAACAUGCAAAAGCAACGGGAAAAUCGUAUGUUUCCCCAGUACCAAUGUCUCUACCAAGUUGUAGUACAACGGUCGAAGACGACGAACUUCUUAAUUUGAGUCCUGGUUUAAUGUGCCUGAGAAAUGGCGCUCUUCAACGUGGACUGACACAGAGAUUAGAAGAUGUUCAAAGAAAAAGAAAAAUCUUAGACGAACAGAGACGAACUUGGUGGGUACGAAGAACACUACUUUAUCCUUUGGCAAUGCUAGCUCUACUUAUUUUAUCCACUGCCACGGCUUUAUUAGCGGUUCAAAAUACCUUGGAACUUCUUAUUGGUAUUAAAGCUCUACCAUUGAGUACAAGGCAAUUCACGUUGGGUAUUAGUUCAUUGUCAAAACUCGGACCCAUCGGAGCUAUUGUUGAAGUCUCGGUGAUACUUUAUUUAGCUGCGACAAGUGCGAUUGGACUUUAUUCGCUUCCAGGAGUUAGACGGGUACAACCACGGCUUUGUUCCACUCCGCUCACUCAUCUCAUCGCGAAUUGCGUUCUAUUACUUGUACUCAGUUCAGCGUUACCAUUGCUCUCCCGAAUAUUAGGAAUGACGAACUUUGAUCUGCUGGGAGACUUUGGUCGUAUAGAAUGGCUUGGCAACUUUAAACUCGUAUUAUUGUACAAUUUAAUUUUUGCUACAGCGGCUAUCACUUGUUUAGUUACAAAAUUUACAGCAACUGUGAGAAAAGAAAUUUAUGUAAGAUUGAGGAGUAGUUUCGUAAGCAUAUUUAAAGGAGAAGGGAAGAAGAACUCGUCGGCGAUGUUUUCUACUAAGGAAGAAUAGACUGAUAUAUAUAUAUAUACAUAUUAUAUAUAUAUCGUAAGGAAUUAAUAACAGAAAUGUAUAUUUCUUAUUUAUUGCUUACCGAGAAGAAAAAAAAAAGCAAUGAAAUAUGCCCCCUUAUGAUAUAACGAUAAAGGAAAAUGUUCUCUUGAUUUGUUUAAGAAUUGCAUAAAAAGAUCAUGCAACUUUAAGAAUUUUUAAAAAUAUUUGCACUCGAUCGCAAUCAAAAUGUUAAACUUUUAACGGCGUGUGUAUCACCUAGCACUGUUUAUUUAUUAUUUCGAAAUUUCUAUAUUAGACCAAAAAAGGCAAAAAAGUGAGAGGUUUAUUAUAAUAAUAAAUAAAAUAAUUUUGAUGUUGUCGGAGUGUAUAGUGCUAGCGAUUUAAUUAUCAUAUAAUUACUAUCAAAUUUGUUAUUUAUCUCGAAGUAUAAUACUACGUCUAUCUUACGAGUGUUUUAAUGAAUACAAAAAAAUAAAUAUAUCGAAGAUAGUCACGAUGACGACGAGCUAAUAGUAUUGCGUUAAAUAUAAAAUUUGGAAGUAUCGAAUUAAUGUUUAAAUUUUCGUAGAUUGUAUACGUUACAUAAUAACGCGUAUUAGAUUUUUUUAGAAGAAUUAAAAUUUUGUUCUUUUAUUAAUUAGGUCGUUGAUGAUAGAAAUUUUUCCUUUCGUUAGUAGUACGAGAAAUUUUUUUAAAAAUUAUUUUUUAAUUUAUAUCUUUUCUCGCGUAAUACAAAAUUUUUUGGAAAUUUUGUUCGUUUAAAGUUUAUUAAUACGCGUAUAAAUCAUGCGUAUCAAUUGAUUUUGUAUAAAUAUUUAUUUCUUGUUAUGCAUUUCAUAAAAAAAAAAAGAAAAGAAACAAGUCAUUUUGAUAACUUUUGUUUAUUGUGAAAUUGCCUUGUUGCGAAUCAAAUAAAUAUGCAAUGGAAAUGAGUAAACUAAUGAUAAGACAACAAAUUAGAAGGAGGAAGAACGGGAGGAGGAGAAGGAAGAGAAGGAGAACAUUGUAAAAGUAAAUAAUAUGUUUCGAACGAUUAAUUUCAUUGUCCUUCGAAUGAAAUAAUAAUAAUUAUAUAAUAAUAAUAAUAAUAAUAAAUGAAUACAAUGCAUUUUUAUAUGCAUGUAUAGACAGACUGCAACGCAAUGCUUUAGAGUCAAUGGACAGGAGGUAAAUAAAUAUUAUUUAUCCUGUUUGUAAUAAGCGAAUAAUAUAUAUAUAUAUAUAUAUUCAAAUAGAAUCAACUAAUAUUUAAGAGAAAGGAAAAUCUUUAAGUAAAUACGUAUUUUUACACAUGAAAAAGCUUUAGAGAUCUUCUGUAUCCAUGACUGUAGCAUCUGUAUUAGCGCUAGGUAAGUUUCUUAGAUUUUUUGCAGCAAUAUUAUGUGAUAAUACAUCUCGUCAAGAAGACAAUACAAUAUUAAGACGUGCACUGGCACUAAUAUACUCAUAUUUUUUAUAUAUUACGUAUAUAAGGUAUAGUUUCUCAGGAUAUAUAAAAAGUGUACUGAUUUUUACACUUUAGUUAUUAUACAUUCUUCUAAUGUGAUGUCAUAAUAUUCUUGCUUUUUUCUUUUCCCCCCCUUUCUUUUCUUACAACAAAAAAUUACUUCGCCUGAAUUGAAGCAGCGUUUUAUUGGUAUUAUUGACACGAAAAUAUUUUAUUAUAUUUUUCUUGAAAAUUAUGUCGUUCGUGUGCAUGAACGGUAUAUAUUAUAAAUUAUAUACACAUACAUAUAUAAAGAAAGUUUACGCUGAUAAAAAAAAGAAAAAAGCUGUAACAUAUUUGUAUCUAGUAAAUUUGUAGGAGCCACGUCUCUAUCGUAUAAUAAGUAAUGUAACAUUUUUUUAUAAUGUGGGGUACGAAAAUUUUUAUAAAUGUCAUCGUAAAAUAUUAUCCUCCGAUUUUAUGUGUAUCAUAGUAGUUAAAAAGAAAAGUAUGUAAAUAAUGUUAUUUAUUAUUGUGUACGUAUAAUUGCACAUAUAAUUUUAUGAAAACAGACGAAACGCGGUCACAAUUUUUCCAAAAUUCCUUCAAAUUUAUAGACAACGUGUUACAUGUGAAAACUCGUAUGACUCUUAUUUGUUAAAUAAAUUGAAAGAUUAAAUUU